GGUUGGAUCAUAUGCAGAUUUUAACAAAUUAAAGAUUAAUUUCUGCAGCUUCUUGAACGAGAGGGAUGGUCGGUGUUGUGAGAACAUUGGUUGCGAUAACCUUACUUGUUUCGGUGUAUUCUGUUGCUGGCACUACCAGGCACUAUGAGUUUAAUAUCCAACUGCAAAAUGUGACAAGGCUUUGCCACACGAGGAGCAUGGUGACGGUGAAUGGGAAAUUUCCAGGUCCACGCAUCGUAGCUCGGGAGGGUGACCGCUUGCUUAUCAAAGUUACCAAUAACGUCUCCAAUAAUAUUACAAUCCAUUGGCAUGGUAUCCGUCAGCUACGGAGUGGUUGGGCAGAUGGGCCAGCUUACGUAACGCAAUGCCCCAUACAAACGGGACAGAGUUAUGUGUAUAACUAUACGGUCAUCGGACAAAGAGGAACUUUGUUUUGGCACGCACAUAUAUCAUGGCUACGAGCGAGUCUCUAUGGCCCUCUUAUCAUUCUCCCAAAGCUUAGUGUCCCAUACCCUUUUACAAAGCCCUAUAAAGAAGUUCCCAUCAUCUUUGGAGAAUGGUUUAAUACGGAUCCAGAAGCCAUAAUUGCCCAAGCAACACAAACUGGUGGAGGUCCAAACGUUUCUGACGCCUAUACCUUCAAUGGGCUUCCUGGUCCUUUCUAUAACUGUUCUGCUAAAGAUACGCUCAAACUGAAGGUUAAGCACGCGAAGACAUACCUACUUCGACUCAUCAAUGCAGCACUCAACGAUGAACUCUUUUUUAGCAUAGCAAACCACACCCUCACAGUUGUUGAAGCUGAUGCCAUUUACACAAAACCUUUCGACACUGAGACACUUAUACUAGCUCCUGGUCAAACCACCAAUGUCCUCCUUAAGACCAAACUGAAAUUUCCUGGUGCCAACUUUGUUAUGUCUGCAAGACCAUAUGUAACAGGACAAGGAACCUUUGACAAUUCCACUGUUGCUGGUAUUCUUGAAUAUGAGUCGUCCAUUCCCAUGAAAAAUCUGCCACUCUUUAAACCAGCAUUACCACCUUUAAAUGACACGUCAUUCGUGACGCAAUUUUCAAAUAGGCUUCGAAGCUUGGCGAGUGCUCAGUUUCCAGCUAAUGUUCCACAGAAGAUUGACAGACAUCUUUUUUUCACUGUAGGACUUGGUACCAGUCCUUGUGAAAAAAAUAAAACUUGCCAAGGCCCAAAUGGAACCAGGUUCGCUGCGUCUAUUAACAAUGUGUCCUUUGUACAGCCAAGUGUUGCCCUUCUCCAGUCCCAUUAUUCUGGUCAAUCAGAGGGUGUUUAUAGUCCUUAUUUCCCUAUCACCCCAUUUCAUUGGUUUAACUAUACCGGGACUCCUCCAAAUAAUACCUUUGUGAGCAAUGGUACAAAACUUAUGGUUCUUCCAUUUAAUACUAGUGUCGAGUUGGUCUUGCAAGAUACUAGCAUUCUUGGCGUUGAAAGCCACCCUCUUCAUCUCCAUGGCUUCAAUUUCUUUGUUGUUGGUCAAGGGUUUGGAAACUAUCAUCCUAACAAGGACCCUAAGAACUUCAAUCUUGUGGACCCUAUUGAAAGGAACACGGUUGGUGUCCCUUCUGGCGGGUGGGUUGCUAUACGGUUUCUUGCAGAUAACCCAGGGGUAUGGUUCAUGCACUGCCAUUUGGAAGUUCAUACAAGUUGGGGUUUGAAGAUGGCUUGGCUUGUCUUGGAUGGAAAACUUCCAAACCAAAAGCUCUUACCUCCACCAGUGGAUCUUCCAAAGUGCUAAUUUUGGCUGCUUCUGUUCAAUCUUUUUAACAUACAGUUUCGCCGGAUUGCAUAUUUUUACAUACUGAAUUUACUUCCCUAAGAGUUGCCUAGCUACCAGAGUCGAAGGCUAUUCAUUUGAUAUAACAUCCAAAUUUUCACUUGUUGAAUGUAAUUAUAUAGUUGUUGCGAAACAUUCUUUAUAAAAUAUUUUCUUUAAUGGA